AUGUCGACGCUGUGGACAUGCCGCGGUGAUCCAGAAGGCUGGACCCCUGCUUCGCGGAUACGUCCGUUCGACCUCACGCCCUGUUUCGAGGAAGGUGCCGUUCUCUCACCGCUGUUGGCCGCCUUUGUCCUCUUCGCUGGCGCGUCAUGUUGGGUCAUUCGCUCCCGAGAUGUUCGCACACGGAGCAGAAAGAGCCUAUGGGUGUUGCGGUCCAAGCUGAUCCUUCUCGCCCUCGCGUGCGCCGCGAGCUGUGCCAACUUAAUCCUCAUCCUCGCCACACAUAGACCAGUCGUCUUCCUCGCGUCCUACGUGCUAGAGAUUGCCGCUCUGCUCGUCGCCCCCGUCCUUGUGUCCCUCAAUCACCACCGGACACGCGCAUCUUCCUCGGUUAUUCUCCUCUUCUGGCCACUCUACACUCUCGGCGUACUUGUCUGGGCUCGGACCAGUCUCACCAUCUCUCCCGUCGCGCUCUUGCCGGUUGUUAUCCUUAGAUGUGCGGUUACGCUCCUUGGUCUCGCUGCGUUCGCAGUUGAGUGCUAUGGACCAGAAUUUGCCACAGAGGACCGUCCAGAAUACUUCGUGAAGGGACACGUAGAAAGCCCGCUGCUGACGGCCAAUAUCUUUAGCAAAUGGAGCUUCAUGUGGAUGGACAGGCUCAUGCAGAAAGGCGCAUCCGAGUAUAUUACCGAAGAUGACCUACCUGCUCUACUGCCUCAUGACGAAGCAAGUCAGCUUGGAGACCGGCUCAAGAAGGCUAUGAACAAGCACUCUUCCCUUUGGGUCUCUCUAUUUGUAGCCUACGGCGGACCGUACAUGUUCGCACUCGGUCUUAAGCUUGCCCAGGACGCCCUCGCGUUCUUGCAGCCUCAGCUCUUGCGAUGGCUCUUGGCCUACAUAUCGACAUACCAGACGUCCAAGGCAUCGGACGGGACCCCUCCCACUGUCUUCGAAGGGUUCGCUGUAGCUGCCCUGAUGUUCGGGGCCUCCUUGAUACAGACUGUCGUUCUGCACCAGUACUUCCAACACUGCUUCGAAACGGGCAUGAGGGUUCGGUCCGGGCUCGUUACCGCGAUCUACCAGAAGGCAUUGGUGCUCUCAAAUGACGGUCGCAGCAGCGCGUCCGGAGACAUUGUGAACUUGAUGUCUGUAGACGCUAUGCGUCUCCAGGACCUGUGCACAUACGGUCUCAUUGCCAUCUCAGGGCCCUUCCAGAUCACAUUGGCGUUUGUCUCGCUGUACAAUAUCCUGGGCUGGCCUGCCUUCGUUGGAGUCGCCAUCAUGAUCGUUUCCAUCCCUUUGAACACCCUCAUCGCCCGGUUUUUGAAGAGACUGCAAGAGAGGCAGAUGAAGAACAGGGAUAAGCGGACGCGACUCAUGUCCGACCUGCUCGCGAACAUUCGCAGUAUCAAGCUGUAUGCAUGGGAGAACGCGUUCAUCCGCUGGGUGUCCGAGGUGCGGAAUAACCAGGAACUCAGGAUGCUCCGCAAGAUCGGCAUUGUCACCUCUUUGAACACUUCGAUGUGGAGCGGCAUUCCAUUGCUCGUCGCGUUCAGCUCCUUCGCGGUAGGCGCAUACACUUCGGGUACGCCGUUGACCUCCGACAAGAUCUUCCCUGCGAUCUCGCUGUACAUGCUCCUGCAAUUCCCGCUUACUAUGUUCAGCAUGGUCACGUCCAACAUCAUCGAGGCGAUGGUGUCCGUCAAGCGCCUGUCCACGUUCUUCGACUCGGACGAACUCCAGCCCGAUGUGCGCCAGACCGUUACGAAGGACAAUGUCGAACACGGCGAUACCGUUGUGUCCAUUGUCAAUGGGGAGUUCCGCUGGACCAAGGAUUCCCCGUCGCCCGCCCUAGAGGACAUCAACCUUACUAUACGCAAGGGCGAACUCGUUGGUAUCCUCGGGCGUGUUGGUGCUGGCAAGACGAGCUUGCUGUCGGCUAUAAUCGGGGAGAUGCGUCGCACCGAUGGAGAGGUGAAGAUUGUCGGCUCCAUCUCCUACGCUCCGCAGAACCCUUGGAUCAUGGGUGCUUCGAUUAGAGACAAUAUCCUAUUCUCGCAUAAGUAUGACGAGGAGUUCUACAACCUUGUACUGGAUGCUUGCGCACUUCGCCCGGAUCUUGCGCUGUUGGCGAGUGGUGAUAUGACUGAGGUCGGGGAGAAAGGGAUUACCCUGAGUGGAGGUCAACGCGCUCGUGUCGCGUUGGCGCGUGCCGUAUAUGCUAGAGCAGAUAUUGUCAUCCUAGACGACGUCCUCGCUGCGCUUGACUCCCAUGUGGCAAAGCAUGUCUUUGACCACGUUGUCGGACCCAAUGGACUGCUUGCGUCGAAGGCGAGAAUCGUGGUGACAAACAGUAUCCACUUCCUGAAGCAGUUCCACCAAAUCCUCUACAUGCGGCGUGGAGUCAUCCUCGAGUGCGGGACAUACACCGAGCUCGUGAGCAACAACCAGACGGAGCUCUACAAGCUGAUCAAGGGCCACGGAAACCUGAGCGCUUCACUAACCUCAGGAAUGUCUACCCCAUUCAUCACCGGAUUUUCCGCGACGCCUUCCUCCGGGUCCGACACAGCAGCAGACUCAAAAGAGGACCUGACAGAAGAGAAGCUCGAGACUGUAGACAAAACACUCAUCCGGCGCAAGUCCUUCGGCAAAGCCGUGCUCGACGACGCGCUCCCCACACGCGCCGCGUCGGACGGCCCGACGAAGGAGCACUCCGAGCAGGGCCGCGUGAAGCGCGAGGUGUACCUGCGCUAUGUCGAAGCCGCGUCGCGCACCGGCUUCGGCGCGUUCAUCGUUGCGACGGUCCUGCAGCAGGUCGCGUCGCUGCUCGGGAACAACACGCUCCGCGCGUGGGGCGAGCACAACCGCCAGGCGGGCGACAAUGCGGGCGCGGGCGUGUACCUGCUUGGGUAUGGGCUGUUCUCGCUUUCGUCGGUGGUUCUUGGGACGGCCGCGGCGAUUAUUAUUUGGGUGCUAUGCUCCAUCCGGAGCGCGAGGAGGCUGCAUGAUGCGAUGUUGAACGCUAUCAUGCACGCGCCGUUGACGUUCUUCGAGCUGACGCCCACGGGACGUAUCCUGAACCUGUUUUCCCGAGACACCUACGUGGUCGACAUGAUUCUAGCUCGGGUUAUCCAAAACUCCGUCAGGACGCUUUGCGUGACUGCGAUGAUUGUUGUAGUCAUUGGCUACAGCUUCCCGCUCUUCUUGAUCGCUGUUCCCCCACUGACCUGGUUCUAUGCGCGCGUCAUGAUUUACUACCUGUCGACCUCCCGCGAACUCAAGCGUCUCGAUGCCGUAUCGCGCUCGCCCAUCUUCGCAUGGUUCUCGGAGUCGCUGAACGGGCUGUCCACCAUCCGUGCGUUCGGCCAGCAGCAACUCUUCGUCUCGAACAACGAACGGCGCGUGGACCGCAACCAGAUCUGUUACCUCCCCAGUAUCUCUGUGAAUCGCUGGCUGGCGGUGCGCCUCGAAUUUGUCGGGUCGACGAUCAUCUUCAUCGCAGCCGUCCUGUCGAUCGUGGCGCUAGUUACGACUGGUGUCGAUGCCGGACUUGUGGGCUUCGUGCUGUCGUACGCGCUGAACACCACUGGCUCGCUGAAUUGGCUCGUGCGCUCGGCAAGCGAGGUCGAGCAGAAUAUCGUCAGUGUAGAGCGGAUCCUGCACUACAUCGAGCUUGCGCCCGAAGCGCCGUGGGAGGUACCAGAAAAUGUGCCCGAGCAAUGGCCCGCGAAGGGGGAGCUAGAGUUCAGGCAAUACUCGGCACGCUACCGGCCAGAGCUCGAUUUGGUGCUGAAGGACAUUAACGUGAAGAUUGGCGCGAGCGAGAAGAUCGGCAUCGUGGGCAGGACAGGCUCCGGGAAAUCCUCUCUCUUGCUCUCCCUAUUCAGGAUCAUCGAGCCCGCAUCCGGCACCAUCUGCAUCGACGGCGUCGACAUCACGAAGGUCGGCCUGCACGACCUCCGCUCGGCUAUUUCGAUUGUGCCGCAGAGCCCCGACCUCUUCGAGGGCACGAUCCGCGACAACAUCGACCCCACGGGCGCGUCCAGCGAUGCGGAGAUUUGGGUCGCGCUCGAGCAGACGCACUUGAAGUCGUUCGUGGAGACGCUGCAGGGCGGGCUGGACGCGAUGGUCCGGGAAGGCGGAUCGUCGCUCUCGUCCGGGCAGAGGCAGCUGCUCUGCUUCGCGCGGGCGUUGCUGCGCAAGUCGAAAAUCCUGGUGCUCGAUGAAGCCACCUCCGCGGUGGAUCUCGACACCGACCGCGCCAUCCAGGAGAUCAUCCGCGGGCCGCAGUUCGCGCACGUCACGAUGCUCACUAUAGCGCAUCGGGUGAACACGAUCCUAGAGUCGGACCGAGUGUUGGUGCUCGACGCCGGGAAGGUUGUCGAGUUCGAUUCGCCGAAGAAUCUGCUUGCGAACAAGCAGAGCGCGUUCCACUCGCUCGCUGUCGAGGCGGGCCUUGCAUGAAAUUGUCUUCUUGGUCGCGACUGUGGUAGAUGAGUCCAUGCCAUGUACGUGGAAUAAU